AUGGCCUCAAAGGACGAUUCAGGCACAGAUCCCCUUCAGCCUAGACGCUCUCGAUCAACACUCGCGGACAAUCCUCACCACCCCAGUUCCGCCGCGUACCUGGCCUACCCUGUCAAACAUGUCGUGUCGAGCCUCUAUCGUCGUAUGACCGAACCCCCGGAGUAUCCCGUGGGCAAACUACUCGAAGCUCCCACCAUUUCAUCCGCGUCGCCUGGCGUUUAUGCGCCUCCCAGAAGAACACAUUCUCCUUUCCAGCCACCUCCACUGACACCUCUCGAACUCAGACAUGCCUUGUCACUCAAGGCAGCGGAGUCGCUUCUAUUGACACGGUCCUUGGCCGAGGAGAUUAGAUUACUACUACCCCCCAGGCUACAGCUGAUCGAUCACUGGAAAUUGGCAUACUCGUUGGAGGUGGAUGGAUCCUCCUUGGCAACAUUAUACGAAAACUGUGCAAGGGUCUCGACAUACACGCAGCGCUCAGGUUAUGUCUUAGUCGUGCGUGACGGCUCUGCAGCCUCAGCCAAUGGCUCUGUCUUUGGGGCGUACCUUUCAGAUGUACCCAAACCUUCCAUGCACUACUUCGGAACCGGAGAGUGUUUCUUGUGGCGAGCCACCAUUCUGCCCGCGUUGAGGGAUUUGCCGGCGAACCUGGACAGCAAUAUACCCUCUCACUCAGAAGAAAUUCUCGAGUUAGCAGGGCUACCUCCUCCUCCCAGCGCCGACACUACCAACCUUCAACGGGCAACAACAAUCCGCGGCGAGCGCCGGACGUCUUCCGUAUCCAAGCCCACUCCAAGCACGACUGUCACAGGGGAACAGCCAGAUCGGUCAGGGUCCUCGACACCUGAUCACAUACGAUUCAAGGCGUUUCCCUAUAGCGGUGUCAAUGACUUCUUGAUCUACUGUGAAAGCAGUUAUCUUUCCAUCGGGGGCGGCGAUGGUCACUACGGACUCUGGCUGGAUGAUCAGCUGAACAACGGCAUUAGUGAGACCUGUCCGACAUUUGGGAACGAGCCAUUGAGCGACGAAGGCCGCAAAUUCGAGGUUCUCGGCGUCGAGGUCUGGUAUGUCGGUGCUUGA